UCUUCCGGUUUCGGCAGGUCUGCGCAGAAGCCUAAUAAAGCUAACUGAUUUUAGCCAACACACCUCACAAAACCUCGGUUGUCAUUUAAUCACGAGCCAGAUCAAAGAAGAGGAGGAAGCCCAAACAUAUAUUUAAAGCUGAAGUCAACCGAGUUGGUGAAAUUUGAAGUCAUGAGCUCAAAUACUGUAUCUAAAGCUGAAUUGAUAGCAGCCAUCUCUUUGGCUGUGGGGACUGCAGCCGUGGGUGCACUAGUCUAUAAAACGUUUUUUUCCAAAGACAAGAACUGUAAGUCCUGGGUAAACUUGGACCUGCAGAAAGACAACCCAAAAGUGGUGCACGCUUUUGACAUCGAGGACCUGGGAGACAAAGCAGUGUACUGCAGAUGCUGGCGGUCCAAGAAGUUUCCUCUGUGUGACGGUGCCCACACGAAGCACAAUCAGGAGACGGGCGAUAACGUCGGCCCCCUCAUUAUAAAGAGGAAGGAAGCUUGAAGCCGUCUCUGCUGUUCCCCAAAAUGCUGCUUUACACGCACUAUUUUUUUUUUUUCAUAGAAGUAUUUAUUUUAUUAAAAUGUCAUGCCAAUGAUCUAUUAACAGUGUUUUUACGCACAAUGAUUGGUGUAGGCUAUGGCUAGGCUAUGGCUAUGCUACGUUAAUAUCAGGACUGCACACUGUGUUUUACAGUGUGUCAUCGGAUUAUUACUUGUUAGGUCAGGGAAUGGACUGCUUUGCCAGCGGUGUUGUAUCAGUGUGUCUAAUGCUCAUAGGCAGGGGUUUCAUUUUGUAUAAUUACAAAAUAUUUUGGGCACAAAAAUAUUUGUUGCAGAUUUUGGUCAUUGUUUCCCUUUGUUAAAUACAGAUGUGAUACCGAUAGAAAGCAAGCUGAACUAAAUCAUAUUCCUGUCUGUGUUUUGUUUUCUGUGACUGCUGUUACAUUGUGUAUGGAAAAUAAAGUGGUUAUAUAUUGGUGUUUUGAAUUUUCACAAUACAGUUUACGGAAUGUAAUUGCUAUGUAAUUUCACCAUAUUUAUUUGGGUAUUUAAAUUGUAUUUAUUUCCUGUCAACUAUAUAUAUAUAUAUGUAUAUUUGUUUUGUUUUUGCUACAGAAAAUAAUUCAAAUAACAGUGCUGUUUGUGUAUAGUACAGUGUGUGUGGUCAGAGAUAAUCCUAAAAUCAGGGAUUGAGACUGAGUGAUCUUCAGGCCUUUUCUAAGACGAUGAAAUUUGGUAUUUUGACAUGGAGCACCUCUUGAGAAAAGUGUGAUAGUAAAAUUUGGUGUGUUUAGACUAGAGACUGGUUGACUGAAAACAGUGGUUCUAUACAGUUUGAAUCACCUUUUAUAAUAGAAUGCUUCUGAAUAAAUGCAUUGGAUUCAUA